UCUUGGAUGGCCCCGAUGAUCUCUUCGGUGCUUCCAUGGAAUUAAUCACUAUGGGACUUUGUCACAUUCAUCGAUCGCCGCUUCACUUCGGGCGCCGUUGCGCACAGAACUGGUGCACCCAAGCCAUUCGUCGUCAACCUCAUCAAAUUGAGAAUGUUACACGUUGCUUCUUUCAAUUCUUGCCACCAGUAAAUUCUUUCGCAUCUUGCGCAAAACUCCAGUCACGAUCAUCCGAUGGUUCUCGACACAAACUCAAACAUAAUGAUUCAGCACCACCCCAUCCCACCCUCCCAACAGGCCCCCAUUACCAUCUUCUCACCGACAAGGUGGCCCUCGACUGUGAGAUGAUGGAAUCCAACAUAGGACGAGUCCUCGGCCGUGUCUCUAUCGUCAAUUACAACAGUGAAACAGUAUACGACACUUUCGUCUAUUACCCUGCCCCAGUCGUCAUUCGGAGCACCAACUACAGGUACUCUGGAAUCAGCUUACAUGAUAUCAAACGAAAGAACGGCGCACAGCCUUUUUCUAAAGUUCAAAGCCAUUUGAUCGAGCUUCUUCGCAACCGCGUCGUGAUUUUCCACGAUAUCAAAGGGGACAAAGGUGUCAUGGGACUAGAUUUAACGACGGGAAUCCACAAUAUCCUAGGUCCUAAGAAGUCGCCUGUUCCUGUCGCUUUCGAAUUCGAAGCGCGGGAUACGCUCACAUACAUGGGUUUCCGCCAGUAUGCGCGCCCUGGCCUUGACUCAAAUAGACCUUCGCUCAAGACGUUGGCGCAGAAUCUACUAGGGCGGCAGAUCAAGCAAGGUCGGGUUUCGAGCGUGGAAGAUGCGAUUGCGACUAUGGGAGUGUACCGCUUGGCGGAAGCCGGAAUCGAUGAGGAGCAGGGGAAACAGGAAGGAAAACGCGUGUCACCAGUGGAAGUUGUAGUCAAUGAGGUGCAAGGGGAAAUUGAAGAAACACGCAUACCGCUGGUGGAAGCUGUAGUCGUCCCAAAGAACUUAUGA